CAAAGCAGUCAAUAAACUACAUCAUGACCUUAAAGUAGUUGUGCCUCUGUUUUUAUCAUUGCUAGAGCUAAGUAGAAUCAUAUUAUAAGUAUCGGAUAGUAGAAUUGUGUCGUAGUAUCUCGCACGUGAUAAUUGUGUCGUCGUAUUCUUCGUUGUUUCCUUGCGCUCGCUUACCUAUCAGAGUCAAAUCGACUCAUCGAACAAUGGAUUCUUCAAAUGACUGUAUCAGCUUCUGCUUCAUCUAUAGCUCUACAUUUCUAAAAUAUCUUCAGAGCUCAGUCACGCAGUUCUUUCCCAAUCCCAGCUCAAAGCCAGGGAGUAAUGUGCAAUCUGUAGACAGUUCUGGGGAAAAAUCUCAAGUGGGAAAAUUGAAAUGCAAAUCGUCUCUACAUGUAUAUGAUGAUGUGUCCUUGUUUGAUCUUGCUCACUCAAGGAGCCCCAUUUUGCCCUUUUUGAGUUCAAUAUGUGCGGAUUUGAAUUUUCGUUAUCAACAACAAGUAAGUAUGUCAACUGUCAUCAUGAGUUGUUAAGUAUUUACAUGUCACCACCAAGCAUAUUCAAAUUAUAUCACGAUAAUGCAGCUAAUCAAUGUUCAUGAAUGAUUUUCAAUGAUGAAAAAACUAACCUGCUGUGACCCCUUCCUUGGUAGCAGACCCAAAAAGCACUAUUUUUGUAGGAGAGGGAGACAAUUAUUUGUCUUCCGUAACGACCUGACCCCGGCCGAGAGGCGCGUUUCAGGGCCUCGAAUGGUCGGGGUGUGCUGCACCCGCUGCCAGCCUUCCGGGACCAUGGUGCUGCGUUGGAUGACACUUCCGCGAUGGCGGCGAUUUGGGUUGUUUUUUCUCUACGGCGGCUUCGCUGCUCACCACGUGGCUGCCACUGAACAAUCGCGUGUUGACGAGGCACGAACAGGAGCAGCUGCAGGUGACAAGAAGACUAGUACUUCAAAAGCGCCACAUCAGACUGCGAGUCCUCGAAGCAAGAAAGUCGUGCCACAACAUGUCGGGGGAGAUCACGCUUUGGGCGAAAACAAAGCAACAACAACAACUAUUACUUCCAGAAGUCAGGAGGGUCAAACGGAAAUGAAGCAUAACGAGACAAUCAAGAACGUCGACAAACUAACAAAAAGGCCGUCGACUUACCAUGGUGGGCGCGAGGACUCCGACUGCGCGGCCGGGGACCAUCUCGAAAUGCGGCCGAGACGAGAUUUUGAGUCGGUGCGAGUACAUGACGAGAGCGCGACACGUCGUCACCGUCAGAGAGAAUCGGACUUGCAUACUCUGGGUGGAACGAAGAAGGCAAAUAAUAGUACAGGAGUACUAGUUCCGCAGCAGAUUAAAAGCCAACAAACUCGAGUGUACAACAAGGCAAAAAAAGUACCACGCCGCAGAGAUGACAAAGGUAUUCCACCAUCGCGGCAUUUCAGUCCAGUUUUUGACUCAGCUCAUGGGCCUCGUGCGUUGUGGAUAGAGGGCACCAUCAGAAACGCACCACAUGCUUCGUCGGGUCGUCAGAUGAACAAUCUCAUGACGCCGUUUUUAGAGCAACUUUUGGCCCAGUCCUCACCGGUUAACAACAGCACACCAACUCGAGCACGCUUAGAUCAGCAGCAGAUGUCUCCUUCGUCACGCCAUGCUAUUGACUACCUUGAGUUUUUCCGUUCUUUCACGAAGGAGGAUGGGCUCCUGCUGCAGCCGCGCCUUUCCGGAAGCGCGGUCGCAACGACUACGACAGGGGAGCACCAGACAGCUGAGGGGCUACCGAGUGGAGAUGUGGGCACGAUUAGCACAUCUAGAAGUUAUUGGCACGCAGAUGCUAACCCAGUCCCGUUUCCAAACACCACGUCGUCUAGUAUGAGUUCGCUGACGUCGAAAGUGAUUCGUCCAGAGGAUGAACAAUAUCAAGAUUGGCUGCUGCUGCGGCACAGAGCUGCUACACUUUUUGAGGACUUGAGAGAGUCUAUUCUAGCAGGGGAGUUUCGGCCAGGGAAAGUCCAGUUCCACAACCAAACCGUGCGCAGUGUCUGCGAGUGGCGCUUUUGGAGCUUUUUAGGUAACGAAGAUGAAGACGGACAACUAGGUGGUGAUCAUGGCUAUGCGGCUUCAAAUAGUUCUUUAUUACGACCGUCACCUGAUGAACCAGAAGAUGACGGAGUCGACCAUCCUGAGGAGUACUUUGACGAAGAUGAUGAAGAUAUUAUCGACACUGUCUUCAACUUUUUCUGGCCUUCGUCUUCCAUUAAGGAUGUUGAACUAGACGGUGAUCGUAUCGACAUGGAAAACGUGUCUGGUCCCUUUGAUCUGUUGCAGAGUUCGCAGCAGAACAGAACAGUAGGUGGCUUCGCGAUAUCAUCUGACUUGCUUGCCGCGGCGUGGCAAACGGUUCACGACUCGAGCAACAGGCAGGAUCAGAACCGGAUUUACCAGCUCCUUUUAUGAGCACAAGUUGGACUCGGAUUUGUAAGCUUUCUUGACUGGUAUCUUGAUAACACUCUCCACAGGUUCGUCAAAGAAAUUAGGGUAGUCUACAUAGUACAACUACAAGAUAAAAUCCUUUCACUGCUACUUCUAAUCGAACAAGGAGUACUAGUGGUUUUUUUCACAAUAUUUCUUGGGAAACUGUCUCGACCUCGCUGUCACUCGUCUCUAAGCAGGAAGAAGUUUCUCGUCGAUGGAAAGAAACUGUGUGACCGCGAAACACGCCUCUUUUACGAAGCGGAGGCCUGGAUGGGGCAACCACACGCUUACAACAAUGCUGUCGGUCGAACGUUGGAUUACAUCGCUCACACAGGCAUCUACACGACGUCAUUGCUGGGACCGUCUCACGACGGAGAAUCGCAACCACUGAAGGUAAUUGGGGAACAAAAGGCAAGCGAAGCGGGUGAUUCUCCUAGUGCCACCGCCACUUUCUUGACGAUGGAACUAAUGGACCCGACGGCAGCGUCUGCGUUGCCUGCGCUGUUACAGGAUGCUGACAUGGUCCGGAGCCUUUUCUUGUAUCAGGAUUCGGCGACCUCGUCUUCCACGACGACAGACUCCGAUUACGAGGCUCCUCCCGGACUUUUUACUACGAUUUUUUCUGUUACUACCUCGCUGAUGCCGUCUUGGUUGGAGUCGCAGAAAUCAGAAGGCGCUUCCUCUGCGGCGGCACCUGAGGCGGGCGUUUUUGGAGCCCUUCUUUCUGGCUGUACCUCUAUCGUCGGUCAGUUCUUCAUGUUCUUCGUUGAGCAAGGCGCAGUCGGGCAUCGACCCCGCAAACAGCAGGAGGCGAUGCAGUACCCAAUGACGAGAAUGGAGGUGCCGGGUGCCGAUGUUCUGGACGAAUGGUUUGCGUCCAACGCUCACGCGCAGCUGGAGGAGGAUCCAGACCUGUUUCGCUAUUGGCGCGAACUCGUUCAUGAGGAGGAGCGCGCCGAGGAGGAACGGCUCGCCAACAUUCAAGCGGAGACGGACUCCACAGGUGAGCAGGACGAUCCUGACGAUGAAGAAGCGACGAGCAAGCCCUCCGGAGCUAGCAUUGCAGCGUCACCAUAUCCGCCAAAUUCUGUUGCGUUCUACUUGUCAACAUACGUUUUGGGCAACUCCAUCGCGGGAAUUCUCGGCAAAAUUUUAGAUCAGGUAAUCGCAGUUUCUGUUUACGGGGAGUUUAACUUGGCAGCUGCUGUGGCUUAUCUGUCAGAACGAACGAUGGACCUUCUCGCAGCCACACCAGACGAAGAGGAGGACCACGACGAGGAGCCAGAUUCUAGUGCAACCCAAGAAGGUGACGAGCAUCAGCGGCAGCCGCGAGCACCCAAGAAAGCGCGCAAGCAAUAUUUUCAGCCCCCUUCUCUAUGGUAUAGCAUGCCUCUCGUCGUUUGGGAGGAUCUCUUCGCCGUUGCGAAAUAUCCUUUAGGAAGUAGCUCUGGAGGGCAGAUGCAACCUCAAACUCAAGAUAUUAGUAUGUCCAGUUCGUCAUCAGUUGCGCGUGGCGUGGAGGAAGCGUCGGCGUCCUCGGCAGCUGCUAGUGAACCAAACCCUGUUGCAACGAGUGAGCAGACAGACGUGGCGCAGACUGAACCUCGUGCACCAGUCGGAAGUGACGGUCGCGACGAUGAUGACGAGCAAACACUAGAUGAGUCGCGCAGCAGUAUUACCAGCGAUGUAAAGGAAAAUGACGAUGAUCAGCCAGGCGCAGGGAGCAUGGAGACGACGGAAGUACAGGUACAGCAGACACACGCAGAAGUAGACCAGGGACAAGCAGGCCAUGCUAGUUUGAACUACUACAAUGCCGCAUCAGCGUCUGCACCUCCUAGCCGCGAGGGCGAGACAUCAUCAUCCGUACUGGGAGAUUGGAUUCGUGGUCGAUGGAGCUUGCAAGGUGCGAUCUGCAGUGGGAUGUGGAGUCUAGUGGAAUGGUAUGCACAGUACCAUACGUGGUGCUUUCGCGGUUUGGCAGAGUUUCUCGGUCUCGACGUCGACGAAUUUUUGUCCAGUCUCGAACCAUACUUCGGAGAGUUGGUCGUUGCUAGUCCUGUGAGUCGCGAAGCGCAAGUAGCUACUCAGGGAGCAGAUGAAGACGAUACGCGGGAAGAUUACGGAAGGGAAGCAACUGUUCACGUAGCACGAAAAGGUGGGAACUUCUCGGGCGACCAUGCAGCUGAAGCGUCCAGUUCUGCGGAGACGUCUUUCGCACAUAAAAAUGUAGACGAUGAGGUUGAUGACGACGCUCACUGGGCCAAAAAGAGUGAUGCCUACGACCGGAUAUUGUACUACCUGGAACAAAACAUAGUAGAAUCACCACAAGCCACGACGACGACAUCGACGGAAACAUCAACUUCAUCUGUCGUUGAGACAAAAGAGGCUGGCCAAGUAGAAGAUGACAGCGGAGAUGAACCACAACACAUCAAAAUCAUGAGGAAGAGGACUACUGGUCGUGGUAGAAUUAGUGCUGAUGAUGUUGAUGUUGCACUAGAACGAAGCCAGAGCAAUGGGACAGAAGAUGAAGAUCAUGAUGCCAGUAGAAGUACGGAACAAGAUCAGCAGAAGGACGAAGAUGAGGGUCGAAGGCGGACGGAGUACCAGUACCACGAUUUUCAAGACGGAGAAGACCACAGGACUUACAGUGCUCAAGGUAUCGAUCUCAACGAUGAUUAUCCACCUGCGACAGAGGAGCCUGCUUAUCAACGCACGACUCCAGGUCUAGAAGAAGAAAGCCACGAUCCGUCCGUCGUGGAUGAGCAAAGACGUCUUCGUGCCGCGGAGGAAGCGCGGGUCUUCAAUGAGCGCCAAGUGCGUCGUAGCGGACAAACUGCAAAUAAGACCAGCACGGACUACGAUGUAGUGCGCUCGUCGUCAACGAGCAGUGGUAAUCCGUCCAGCACAGCAGACGGAGCAGCAGGGAGAUCGGAAGCGGACCGGAAGUGGAGGGAACUCAUGCUGGCACCGCUGUUCAAAGAGGAGCCGCGCGCAAUUCAGGUGGACGUACUCGCUGACACUCCGCGGUAUUCCUCACCCUUCUCGCUUGUCGACUUACAACCUUGGUAAGGUGGAGGGUAUUAGCGCCAUGGAGGGGUGCUCGGCGUCGGCACCUCGAAAAGAGGCGAAUUGGGAGACAUCGAAGAUUUUUUGAGUCGACUGGAGCAGUGAAUUAGUUUGACUGCUUAUCAUUCUUGUUGGAAUUAUGUUCAUUGUCAUAAACGAAAUAUCAGGACUAAGUGGACGAGGAUGUAUCAAAACUGGUUGUACACGCGCAAUCAGAUGAACAGGCGGGAUCACUAAUAUCUAUAGAUACCGUCAGUUUAUUCGCAGCAUUUUGUUCUUGGUUUUCUCAUACAACGAACUGAAAGAGUACCUAACAUAGAGAGUCUGAAGUACAACUACAUCAGGCAUUUUUUGUUCUUGUUGUUCUCAAGGCACGAUACUACCGACGGAAGCUCCCCUGUCCCCCAAGUGUAGUUCAGAAACACCUGAAUGUGGGAUGGCACCAGUGAACUUGCUCUUUCAUUGAAAUAGAAAUUAAUUUGAUGUUUUGAUUGUUACGAAUACGAGGCUGCACCAUUAUUUAAUUUUUUCUUUUUCUGUCAUCACUAAUGAAUGUCAAAGUUAAACGAUCUCAACACGGACGCAAGAUACUUUGUGCAUUAAUAUUUAUCUACAUCUUUUUAUCUAUUAGUAUUAACCUGCUGACAAUGAUCCAGAGGUAUCUACCUAUCAACGAAAAAACAGUUGCACGUCCCAGGUUGUGUUGUACAGAAGAUAAAUAGAAGAACAAACACGAUACAAAAACAUCAAUGAAAAUGAUAAAAAAGAAUCUCUGAAAUAUCCCAGAUUAAAAACGAAGUAUGGACUAUCUCCUUGUUUUGAGUUCGAAGAAAACCCCGGAGUACUGUGGCCAUAGGACGAGUUUAUUCCUUGUAUGUUCUCUUCGCUGUGAACGCUUGUGUGUUCCAUGUUUCUAGAACGACGAGGCGGAAACGAGUGCAUUGAUUGAGUGAAUCAAUUCAAGGGUUUUAUUUCGGAUGCAUGGAUGUAGGCUAGCAGCAGAACUACCAACUAGGCACAUACCGCCUUGAGUUCCUUAUCGCACCAACCUCGAUAUAUAUCAGAGUAGUUUAAUUAUAGCACGCAUGGUGCAUGGAGUAGCAUGGAGUGCAUGGAGCGCAGAG